GCAGGCUCGGGGACAGGAUCAGGGGAAGAACCGGGGGAAGGUCCCAAGGAAGCUCCGGGAACGCUCGGGGACAGGAUCAGGGGAAGAACCGGGAAAAGGUCCCAAGGAAGCUCCGGGAACGCUCGGGAGCAGGCUCAGAGGAAGCUCCGGGAACGCUCGGGACCAGGCUCAGAGGAAGCUCCGGGAACGCUCGGGAGCAGGCUCAGAGGAAGCUCCGGGCAGGCUCGGGGACAGGAUCAGAGACAGCAGCGGGGACAGGAUCAGAGGAAGAACCGGGGGAAGGUCCCAAGGAAGCUCCGGGAACGCUCGGGAGAGGCUCAGAGGAAGCAGCGGGGGCAGGAUCAGAGGAAGCUCCGGGAACGCUCGGGAGCAGGCUCAGGGAAGCCCAGCCGGGCUCGGGCAGGCUCCGGGAGGACCGGGCGGGCCCGGGUGCCGCCCCGGAAGGAAAGCAGGCGGACAGGCAGGCGGACGGGCAGGCGGGCGGACAGGCAGGCGCCGUGCCGCAGCCAUGGUGGUGCUGAGCGCGGCGCGCUGGGUGCGCAGCCGCCUCUCGGAUCGCUUCUGGAGGGUGCAGGAGGUGCUCAAGUACGCGCGGCAUUUUCGUGGCAGGAAGAACCGCUGCUACAAGCUGGCAGUGAGGAGCGUCCGCAGGGCUUUCGUGAAGUCCACCAAGGCCAGGAGGGAGAAGAAGAGAUUCCUCAGAGCGCUCUGGAUCACGAGGAUUGAAGCAGCUUCCCUUGAACAUGGUUUGAAGUACCCAGCCUUCAUAAGCAACCUGGUCAAGUCCCAGGUGGAGCUGAACAGGAAAGUUCUGGCUGACUUGGCAAUUUAUGAGCCAAAGACAUUCAAGUCCCUGGCAGCUUUAGCCCAGAGGAGGAGACAGGAAGGGUUCCUGGCUGCCCUGGGAGAUGGAAAAGAACCAGAGGGGAUAUUUUCACGUAUUGUGCACCACCACUAUUGAUACCAGAGUCUGUGUGGAUGUUUCGGAAGCAGGGAUUUGAUUGUGAAGCAAACCUGCUGUGGGACUGCUGCUGAAAUGGAAAAUGUGGAACAAAUCCUCUGAGGAUCGUGUGGGUGUGAAGCUUCCCCUUGAUGGCUCUUUCCCUGCGUCGUUGUCACUGAAACCUGUUAAAUUAAAAGCACAUUUCAAGGUUAGCAGUCAGGCCGCACGGCGACUUAAUAAAGGUAUUUUUUUGGUAACUGCUAGUAGAAAAAAAACUUAAUUUGUGUGGUGAAUUCUGAAUGGGGAGAACGCAGCUGGGAUGGGGGGAAAUGUUGACCCUCACACAUGGAGCCUGGGAGUUAAGGAUACACAUAGUCUGUACUUUUAAGUAUUUAAUAAAGAGAUUUUUAUUGAAAACUGC